AUGGACAUCGACUAUGCUAUCCUGAAAGAUGAACUACCUAAAGUCACUGAAGCCAGCAUUGGAGAUGAAAUUUCUCUUUAUGAACGUUGGGACCGAUCCAAUCAACGAAGUAUGAUGGUCAUAAAGACCAAAAUUUCUGCUAGCAUUUGUGGUUCUAUUGAACAACAUCAUAAUGUUCGUGCUCUGCUGAAGGCUAUUGAUGAACAAUUUGAAACUUCAUACAAGGCACUCGCCAGCACCCUGAUUAUGAAGUUUUCAUCCACAAAGCUCAUAGGUGUCCAAGGUGCGCGUGAGCACAUCUUGAAGGCGAGGGACAUUGCAGCUCAUCUAAAUAAACUUGAGGUUGAGAUGUCUGAUUCUUUCCUUGUGCACUAUAUUUUGAACACUCUUCCACAUCCAUACAGACCUUUUAUGAUCUCUUAUAACACACACAAAGAAAAAUGGUCAAUAAAUGAAUUAAUGACCAUGUGUGUUCAAGAGGAAGGGAGGCUGUUUAUGGAACAGGGAGAGAGUUCACAGAGUGCACAUCUAGCUGUUCAAAGAAAGAAGAAAAUUCAAGCUAAAUCGAAGGGAAAGGGUCAAAAUACUUGCCCAAGCUAA